AUGCAGGAGUUAGAUCACUCCAGAGCACGAGCGAGCGAUCUCCAGAAAGCUCAGGCAGAACAGCUUGCAGAAAUCACUCGGAUUUCCAAGGAGCGUGACGAAUGCAGCGAAGAGAUUGCCCGAAUGCGUGGUUUGCAAGAAAAAUACGAGGCAAAGAUGUCCCAGCUCGCUAAGGAGUUAGAUCACUCCAGAGCACGAGCGAGCGAUCUCCAGAAAGCUCAAGAAGAACAGCUUGCAGAAAUCACUCGGAUUUCCAAGGAGCGCGACGAAUGCAGCGAAGAGAUUACCCGAAUGCGUGGUCUGCAAGAGAAAUACGAGGCAGAGAUGUCCCAGCUCGCUAAGGAGUUGGAUCACUCCAGAGCACGAGCGAGCGAUCUCCAGAAAGCUCAAGAAGAACAGCUUGCAGAAAUCACUCGGAUUUCCAAGGAGCGCGACGAAUGCAGCGAAGAGAUUACCCGAACGCGUGCUCUGCAAGAGAAAUACGAGGCAGAGAUGUCCCAGCUCGCUAAGGAGUUAGAUCACUCCAUGGCACGAGCGAAUGAUCUCCAAAAAACUCAAGCAGAACAGCUUGCAGAAAUCACUCGGAUUUCUAAGGAGCGGGACGAAUACAGCGAAGUUGCCCGAAUACAUGCUCUCGAAGAAAAAUACAAGGCAGAGGUGUCCCAGCUCGCUAAGGAGUUGGAUCACUCCAGAGCCCGAGCGAAUGAUCUCCAGAAAGCUCAAGAAGAACAGCCUGAAGAAAUCACUCUGAUUUCCAAGGAGCGCGACGAAUGCAGCGAAGUUUCCCCAAUGCAUGCUCUGGAAGAAAAAUACAAGGCAGAGAUGUCCCAGCUCGCUAAGGACAGUCAGGUUGUUUCCAGUUUCAAAUGA